GUGCACUGUUGUAUUUACAAACAUUUGGAUGUGAAUGCCGUAUCUCUCCAGCUGCGCGACGAAGAAAGAACGAUCCGAUACAGAAAUAAACAUUUGCCGUCGUGUCGCCUCGCACACACAUAUACGCCACAAUAUGCGUUAGGCUUUGAUGUGAGGCAAGAAAACAUACAAGAAAAGUCACAGACAAAGGCUCGAAAGAAGUAGACGUGUUACAAGCAUACACUCAUAUAGUUAUUUUUUCAUUUUAUUCACUCUCAAUAACGCAAACUUGUUUUCACUUUUUUCACCAUUUAAAUUCAUUGAUUUGCACGCGGAAAAUUGCAUUUAACGUGGAAAAUUAUUUAAAAUGGCAGAUAACGAUGUACAAUUAGUUGCUGGUCGUCAACCUGCAGACGAUGACGAACCACAGCUGGUUGCUGGUCGCAAACCUGCAGUCAAAGUCGGUGGAAUGCGAGUCGUUCAGCAUAAGCCACCAACGCACAAGGAAAAUGCAUCGGCCGAUUUGGAGGAUUGCACCGGAUUGACGCAACCGCCAAAUAUCAACACGGAAUUGGUGAGCGGUGCUCCAGUGAAAGGAAAUGCUGAUUUCACCGUGCAGGCAUCGCAAGUGGCACACGCACCAAAGGUGCCGCAUAACAUUGCAUCCAACAAAAGUCAAGUCCAUCACAUCAAUCAGCCACGCAAAUAGAUCAACAAAUUCGACACACUGCCUCCUCAACAUACACUAACGGUUUUCCUCAUCCUCACUAUGAAACGCUAAUCAAAUGGUUAUUAACAAUGAAACAAACAUAUUUGAGUGUUUGUUACGAUACUUUCAUUAAAAAUGAUUUAUAUCAAAAUGGAUACUUGUAGAUAUGGGUAUUUGGUCAAUGUUUAGUCGAUCAUCAUCUCGAUACACGAAUGUGAUUUUUGAUUUCCUCUUUGUCCUUUCUCGUGCAACAACACAAAGCCAAUGAAAUAUAUUCGUACUUUAAAUUGAAUUGUUUGCAAUAAAUGUGUUUAUUGUGUACAAGAAAAAGAAAAAAAAAUUUCAUGGAUUUUUAUUUCGUAGCAAAUGAUUUAAACUUUAAAAAACAAAUGUCAUUUCUGUGGAUAAAAAUACUUAAUACUAAAUGGAAAAAAUAUUGCUUGUAUUCAAAGAAAGGAGCUAAUUAAGUCUAGAUUAGAAGAAAUGAUUUGAGUUGAGAUUCAAUUAGCUGGAAUCAAAGACUGGGAUAAACGGCAUUUGAUGCUAUUCCACAAUUGUUGUUGCGGAAUCGAGCCAUUCGAAUGUAACCGUCUUCUCCCCAAGAUUUUCCAAAUGAAUUUUUCACGAUGUAAUAACCGAGUCGAUUUUCGGUCCCAUAACCGACGGCCAAUCCAAAGUGGUUGCCAUUUUUGCUGCAGUCAAAAUCAUAAUAAAUUCCCGACGAAUAAAAUUGGAAUGAUUCGAGUGAUGCGUCAAACGACACAGAAAUCGGGCCGACUGAAGCAAUUGCGGUUUGUAGUAGCCAUUCCCUUCCAGGCGCAAGAUGGUUCACCGAGUUUAUUGAAACAUUUGCUUGAACAACAUCCAGUUGACAGUUUCCAGCUGAACCUUGAUAUGGAUACGAUGCCUCGGUAUCGAUUGCAUGAUUAUCCAAAACGAAUUGUAACGAUGUCGCUACACUACCACCAGUGCAUCCCGAGUUAUUGUACUUGCCACCCGUGCAAUCGAUUAGGUUUUGUUCAGAGAAUUUGAUUAAAUUUCCCGUUUUCCGUUGGUAUUGCGAUUCUAAAACUGCAGUCGUACUGAACGCGUACGACGACUGACAAGCACCUUGGGUUUGAACUUCGGUCACCGUACCAUUUUGACGCCAAUCAACGAACGGCGGCAAACUUACUGCAUCCAACUUUUCAACAACAUUUCCGAUGACACUUCUGAAACCAUAGAAAAUUGACAUAUUUUACGUUCAUUGACCAAAUUCAAACAGCAGUCACAAAAUAUUGACGACUACGUUUCAUUGGAGAAAAAUGUAAGCAAAAAAAAAAACACCUUUUGUCGUAUGUGAUGACAUCGCCAAUGUACUUAUUCAAGAAUUCCUUGUGUGUCAAGUCAGCAAAUUGAUUUGACUUCAAUUUGUAUGUGACAGUGCCCAAGCUAUGCAGUAGAUUAUGCUUGAAAAUCUUUUUCUGAUUGUCGACAAACGUUAGAAAGCGCUGUGUCUCCUCCUCUGAAUGCUCAUAUUGUUUAUUGAACGUUUUCUGUAAGCAUACAAAACUGUCAACAUUGUGUGAGAUAAAGAGUGCAUCUCUUUGUUUUUCUUUUACCUUGAAUUUGAGCCAAUUCUCUUUGUAGUUACUAUAAUCCGCAAAAAUACAGCUGGUGAGAAAAAAGAAGCACAAAACAAUGCGAAUAGCCCGCAUAACUGUUUGAAAAUUAAAUAAAA